AUGGAGAUGGAUAAGAAGGUGUUAAAAAAAAUCUGUAAGGACAAUGAUUUGUACGUGACGCCGGCCAUCAAUGACAAGUUGUACCUGCACUACAAGGGUUUUCGUAGCAUUAAAAAUCUAGAAGAAUACACAGGAUUAAAGGCAUUGUGGCUUGAAGGCAAUGGACUUACACAAAUUGAAGGUCUUGAGAAUCAGAAAGAGCUACGUACGCUCUAUUUACAUGAAAACCUUAUUCAGAAAAUUGAGGGAUUGGGCUCACAACUUUUGUUGGACACGCUCAAUCUCUCUCAAAACCAAGUUUCGUGCAUUGAAAAUCUUGACCAUCUCAAGCAUCUCACGAGUUUAGCACUCAAAGGCAACUAUUUGACGAGCGCGAAGGACAUCGCACAUGUGCUUCGUGUACCAAGUCUAUCCGUUCUGGACAUUCAAAGCAAUCGUAUCAGUGAUGUUGAAAUCGUGGAUAUUCUCGCUCGGCUACCGAAGCUCAAGGUUUUGUACUUGCAAGGCAACGAAGUUGUGAAACACAUCAAACAAUAUCGAAAAACUAUGAUAUACCGUUGUCGUAAACUGAAAUACUUGGAUGAUCGACCAGUUUUUGACGAUGAACGGCGCCGCGUUGAAGCAUGGGGAAAGGCACUUGAAGCUUCCAGCGGAGAUAUGAAGCUGGCUCAAGAGGCGGAACGUCGGGAGAUGGAUGCGAUACGACGUGAAAAGAAGGAGAGAGAUGACAGGAACUUUUUGUAUUUUGAGCAGAUGAUGAUUGAAGGUCGUCGAAAAAGACAAGAAGAUGAGAAACGGCGAAGCAUAGCCGAAACUCCAGAGCAAAGAACCGAGGAAUUUAAUAUUUUUUCAGGUGAAAAAGUCAUACCAGUUCAAGAUUGUGCUCUUUUGCAACAAGAGCGCGAGAAACGGUGGGAAUCCGUUGUCAAUGCGCCAGCCGAGCGUGUUUCUAAUGCUGACAUAGCCACAAAUGAGAAUGAAGGAAACAUCGAAGAUGACUACGGUACAAUAUCAAACAAAAUAACUGCAGCUGAAGCGAUCCCAGUCGAUAUGAAACGUAUGGAAGUUCUGCAUCAAUGCGCUUCCCUGGGGGCUGCCACUACGUCAAGCGAAAAUUCCUUGGUCAAUACCUUGUUUCAGGUUUCUGAGGGUAUUAGAGCCUCCUCCGCACCGGAAGCCCCAACUAAAAGCAUAAUGCUUCAUAUUGAUUCUAGUAGCAGUGAUCAAAUAAACAGUGCGAUGCAAGCUGAUGCUCCCUUGACACCUUCGUCAGCAGUGACGCUACCUCCUGCACCGAUUGCUAACACUUUAGCAGCAUCAUUGUCAAAGACAGGCGAAGCGAAGGAUACAAACGACGUUCAAUCAUCACAGAAAAUUAAACAAGAAGCACCACUUACCCAUUCGAGUAUGACUGAUGAAUAUCUUCUCCCUAAUCCUUCCCCAGUGAAGCAAACCGUCUGGGUUGAACAAGCGACACGUAUUAUGCCGCCUCUACCGCCACCCACUCAUACAGAAUUAAAUGAGCUGGACUAG